AUAUCAUUUUGGUGUUCGCAAGAAAAGAGUAGUUUUUUUUGUCUAUGGUUUUUUGAUUAUUCUAUUGAAAUGACAUUUGGAACAUUUUGAUUUUAGAUUUAGGUCUACAAACAAACAACAGGAUGGAAAACAGCAUCAGUGUAUAUCUCCACACGACAAGCAAAUUCUCUUUGACCAAAGAAAUAAAUAUGACUUAAAUUCACUAAAUACAACAAAAUGUGAAAUAUGAAAGUUGACAUUGUCUUGACUGACAACCCUGAGAACAUAAGUUUGGACUUUAUUUCCACAUCGAUGUAUCUAACAGAUAGUUACGUUAACAAGUCCCUCGAAAUAAACGAGACGACAAACGAUUUAGUUUACAGCAAUCAGUUCGAGAACGAUCCUAUUAUUGUAUUCUUUAUCAUCUUAAAAUGUAUAAUAAUGUUGUUUAUAAUUUUAGCCGCUAUAUUCGGAAACUUGUUGGUCAUAGUUUCCGUUAUGAGGCACAGAAAAUUGAGAGUGAUCACCAAUUACUUCGUCGUAUCACUCGCGUUGGCGGACAUGUUGGUUGCUAUUUGGGCCAUGUGCUUCAACUUCAGCGUUGAAAUCACUAAUGGGGAGUGGCUGUUUGGCUACUUCAUGUGUGAUGUUUGGAAUUCUUUAGACGUGUAUUUUUCUUCGGCAUCGAUCUUGCAUCUUUGUUGCAUAAGCGUUGAUAGAUAUUACGCUAUAGUUCAACCAUUGGACUAUCCUUUGAUAAUGACUAGUGGGAAGUUGGGAAUCAUGUUGGCUGUUGUCUGGUGCAGUCCAGCUUUGGUUUCCUUUUUGCCAAUAUUUGCUGGAUGGUACACAACUCAUGAACAUCUGGACUUUAGACGACGUCAUCCGAAAGUUUGCAGUUUCACUGUUAAUAAAGUAUAUGCGGUGAUAUCGAGCAGUGUCAGCUUCUGGAUUCCUGGUGUGAUUAUGAUCUUUAUGUAUUAUAGAAUUUACGUGGAAGCGGACAGACAAGAGAGGAUGUUGUACAGGAGUAAAGUAGCAGCUCUACUUUUGGACAAGCAUCUCCAGAUCAACGGCAUCUCGAUGGGUGAUGUGAUGAGAGAGCGACAGAGCAUCCAAAUGCAGCCCAUGGCCAGCAGCAAGAUGAAGCGAGAGAGGAAAGCUGCCAGGACGCUCGGUAUCAUAAUGUCAGCGUUCCUGGCAUGCUGGUUGCCGUUCUUUUUAUGGUAUAUUAUAACGGCGCUGUGUGGGGACGCAUGCCCUUCCCCGCCGCCGGUGGUAGCAGCUGUGUUCUGGGUGGGAUACUUCAACUCAGCACUUAAUCCACUCAUUUACGCGUACUUCAAUCGGGACUUUAGAGCGGCUUUUAGAAAGACAUUAGGAUCUUGUUGCAGAUCGCUGUUCGGUGACAUCGGACGUCGGUACUGCUGCCCACAACAACUGUUACGAAGAGAACACCAUCAUUCGAACGCGUCUUCUGACAUCCACAUGAACAACUGCGUGAAGUCAACCUCCGCAGAUGUACUGAGAACGCAUCAGCCAUGCAGUUCUAAGAUUGAAAACGUUGAAAUCGCUGCAUAAAAUCGAUGAGUCGCAAAAGGUCGUAACUUUUUGAGGUUUUCGAACUGUGCUAAAUAAUUUAAUGGAAUGGCACUUCGAAACAAAGUGGCCAUUGACCUCCGACAUCCUUCACCUUUUAAACAAGAUCUUUAUGUUCCCAAAAUCCAAUCUUUUUUUUAAUAAUGACAUUUUUUUUACGGAAAUCUUUUAUGUUA